AUGCAGCAGGAAACCAGCAAACCCCCGAGUUCUUGGAGGUGAAAUCCCAGUUUUUGUUUGCGGUUUGCAGGAAGCCUCCUCCUCUUUAAUAAAACUCAUCCUCUCAGGGAUCAUUCCUGUUAUUUUCUUAGUCAGCUUGUAAAACCGUCUGAGCCACGAUGUCUGCUAAAUCAACUAUUUUAUGUGGGAGUAGUCAAAAAGACACAUGUUCCCUAAGUAUCAGAGCCGUUACUGCCUGUUUUGCAGCGGUCGGGUGGAGCAAUCUGUAAGCAGUAAAAAAUAAUGUGCUCAGGUUAAAACAUUGAGCGAAUAAAAAAGUUUAAAUUAGAAAUAAAAAAAAGUCCAAAAAUGACCAGAAGCAUUUCCUGUUCUGACUGAGAACCGGGCACUGAUGACUCCUGAUUGGCUGAGGUUGAAGCUACAGCUCAAUAUAAUUCUUAAAUUAAGGUCGGUGGUUUGAUCCUGGCGCUUGUUGCGGAAAUUCGACCUCAGGCAAGACAAUAAAACCAUAAUUGUGUUCACUGUUUUUGUGUAGGAGAAAAUACAAGCCCCUUUGGACGGCAUCUGCUAAAUCGGUGGAAAAUAACCCGCUUCCGACCAGAAAUCAGCCUCGUGAAGACAACGUCAGACUGAGUAAUGAAGUGAAAACCGGGCCGUGGAGCCGCGGAGACAGAGCAGAGAUCCGUCAACGUUCACAGACAGAGGUAGGUUAUCGUGUCAGUGGAUGUCAAGUUAAAAACAAAGGUGCCUUCAGGGAAACAGACGAUGAUCUGAUGAGCAGAGGGAGCUGGCAGCACCUGAAGGGAGGGGUUUACCGCCACACCUAUAAACCUGAUUUGAUUCGCUCAGUGUCCCAGCAGCGCCGCACCGGCGGAGAAAAAUUAGACUUUUAA